AUGUACGGAGAUAUGGGGGUCAAGCUGGUCCAGCAUGCCAAGCGGACGCAGAACCUCACGCACCUCCCACCGUACCAGACCGAGCUCGUGCGUGCGGUGACGAGGGAGGUGAGGGAUCUCGACAAAGAUGUAUCCGACCUCCUCGAGCCGUUUCAAGGCUCCUUCGACCCGGUGGCGGAUCAGGCCGUCGCCUGCACGCUGCUGGUCAAUCACCUCUCGAUGCGGCGCAACAAGCGGUGCUUGCUGGCGUAUCAUCGAACGCGCACCGACAAACUCGAGGAGCUUGUGUGGAACGGAUCCGACGUAGUGGAUCUAUCAGGGCAGCAGAUACGCGAGGCGAGCGGCGGUGCCAACGGCGUCCCGCCCGCAGCCGGCGACGGAUCGACCAGCAGCCUCAGCCCCCAGGAGGAGGAGUACGUGCGGCAGUACGGCGACCUGCUCGCGGCCUACAAGGGACAGUGGACAGACAUCGAUCUCACGGGGAGUCUCGAUCCGCCGCGAGACCUCUUCAUUGACGUUCGGGUGCUGAAGGAUGCGGGAGAGAUUCAGACGGAAUACGGGCACGUGCCGGCUCCCCUCAUCGGCAGCCAAUACCGGCAGCUAAGCUAA